AUGACUUAUAACUUUGAUGAUAACGAUACCGAAAAUAAUGAUUCUACUUCCAUUAUUGAACCUAUUGAUUCACAAAAUAGUAUUUUUUCACUCAAAUCAAAUAUUGUUAAAUAUGAAUCCCCUUCCUUCAAAUUUAAUAUUACGACGAGUCCUUCUUUAAUAAUUAAUAAUAUACUGUUCUUUAACAAUUUUAUUACAAAAUUUUUUAAAGAGUUAUUAAAAGAAUUAUAUACACUUCUUUUAGAUAUAGAAUUUAAAGAUGAUACUGAUAUAUUAAAUAUAUUUAUAAAUAAUUUUUUAUUUGAUUAUGAUUUAGACCCUAAAAAUGUACUCGAAAUCAUGACCAGUAAUUCUCAAAAUAUUUUUUAUUAUUCAAGUUUAAUCGGAUUUUUUUAUCAAAAUGGAAUCGGAUGUGAGGUUGAUGAAAUUAAAGCAUUUGAAAUAUUUUCUAAUUCAGUUAAAAAUAAUCAAAAAGCGUUAUUAAACCACUUCACUUUUGAUCAAAAAAAUGAAAGCAUUAGUUUUUGCAAUGAUGAUAUUAAAGAGUUGAAUGAAAUAAUUACACAAUAUUUUUAUUCUUUAUUUCUUUAUAAAGAUAUUAUUUUAAAUAGAAGAAAUAAUUAUAAAUUUUAUAUUAAAAAUGCUGAAAAGGGAGAUUCAGCAUCACAAUAUUAUAUAGGAAAUUAUCAUUAUAUCAAAAAAGAUUAUGAUAAGGCGAUUGAAUGGUAUACAAAAUCAUCAGAAGGGGAAAACAUUAAAGCAACAUAUAGUCUGGGUGUUUGUUAUAAUUUCGGACUUGGUAUUAAAAAAGAGGAAAAGAAAGCAUUUGAAUUAUUUUUAAAAUCUGCGGAAGGAGGAUAUAAAUAUGCAUUAAAUGUAGUGGGAUAUUGUUAUUAUAAUGGAUAUGGUAUUUUAAAAGAUGAAAAUAAAGCCUUUGAAUUUUAUUUAAAAGCUGCAAAAAAAGGUCAUGGUACAAGUCAAUAUUUAGUAGCAAAUUGGUAUAAUGAUGGAAAACAUGUUUUAAGAAAUGAAGAAAAAGGAUUUUAUUGGAAUAGAAAAGCUGCAAUAAAUGGUAAUGUUAAUGCACAAUUUGAAUUAGCAGAAUAUUAUAUUGAUAGUUCUAUUAAUAAAAAUGAAAGAAAAGCAUUUAAGUGGUAUUAUAAAUUAGCCAAUGAAAAUAAAGUAAGAGCAAUUUAUUUAGUUGCAAAAUGUUAUAGAGAUGGAAUUGGAAUUGAUAAAAAUUUAAAAGAGGCUACAACAUGGAUUAAGAAAUACGAAUUAUCAAAGUUUUUUGGAAAACCACAAAUUACCUUAAAUGAUUUUUUGAAUGGCUCAGACAUUGAUGCUUUUUCGAUAUCACCGUUUACAAGAAUGUGUUAUUAA